AUGGUUGCCAUCGCAAGCGGGUUGUGGUGGGACCACUCAAAAACAACAAUCUUAGCCGCCACUCUGACAUUGCCACUUGAUUACAGCAACCUCCUCCUCUCAGGCCUAACUAUCCUCGUUACCAUCGCCGGAUCAAGUUUCUGGAACAUCCUUUCUUUCGCUCUUCAUAAUUGGAAGGCGAGAAGCGAGAACCCCAGUGCUCUCGACCUUCAGCACCAGGUCAGCCUGAGGAACUCUGCAGGUGCUACCCAAACCCUGUGGGAGGCUCUCAAGAUCCACAGAGCUUGGUCAAAGAACAGCAAAAGGCCAAUCGUGAAGCAGACGUGUUCUGUGGCAGUUCCGGCUUUGAUCGUCUCAGCAGGCUUCGCUGCCGCGGCGCUGUUUACGUCAAGAGUGGCCAAUAAAUCUUACAGCACCGUCGUUGCACGAGUACAGCCGAGUAAUUGCGGAUUCUGGUUCUUCAAUACCACCGGCAAAGAUGAUCUCCCUGCACUUAGCGCAAUGGGAGCAAAAGGGCAAAACGACACCCGCCGGGCCCGCAGCCAUGUCGCCAACUUCUAUGCCAACACUAGCAGCUCGACAGCUCCAUCGGUAUUUAUCCGGCCCACUCUUCCAUACGAUAUUAGCAGUUCCGCACCUUGCCCUAUCCCGGCCCAAGAACGCUGUAUUCCAGGCCCCAAUCAAGCGUUUCGCAUCACUUCGGCCUUUCUAGACUUUCAUGAAAUGCUAGGAAUAAAUGCCAAGUUCGAAGACCGAGUCAGCAUACAGCUGAGCUUAACUUGUUCUCCUGUACAUACGGACGACCUCGUCCAGGAAAUUCAAAACGAAGAUGGCGCUUUUAUGGAAUUUUUCCUCGGGCCUAUUUUUGGCUUGACAGAUUACACGUACAGAUACAACAAAGCAAUUGGAAAUAAGACUGGAAUUGGCUAUUUGAUUCAGUCCUAUCCCACUUUCGCCAAUAGCAGUUUGUCGAGCAACCCUUCGCUUUGGAGGCCGAUCCCGGAUUUUAGCCCCGCUGACGCCGAUGUCACUGUUCAUUUCUUAAGUCAAAAUAACAUAGCAUACCUGGCCCCCGUUAAUGAUCCAUGGUUCUCUGCCAACGGAACCCAAAAUAUAACCUAUCAGGGCCUCACUAUAUUUGCCUCUGAUCGCAACGUCGACACUAUGGUUUGCGCUGAUCAGUAUGUUUUGUGCAAUCCAUCCAUUGCAUCAUGCACUUCUCCAGCCGGUAUUCUCAGCCUUGUAAACAGCCUGGCGAGUACUACCCUGAACUUUAGUACAGCCCAGCUAUCGACAGCUGAUCGAAUUAUCUACUCCCUAGCACAGUCGAAUACGUAUACAACUGUAGCAAACCUCGGUACAGCGGCUCUGUGGGCCAACAAUAUGGUAACCGGGCAUGUCUCGUUCGGCCUACCGGAGGAUCAGUGGAAGACUGAAGUCAUCGGCUGGUUUCAGACCAACCUUGCCAUGCUACAGGCGUAUGUGGUCGAUUUUGCCUCCAACACAGCGGACUUGGGUGCUUUCGGAUACGUUGAACCGCCUGGGAAUCGUCAUCAGCGGGACCAGUGCACCAACCAGCUGGUACAGGCCGUCGGCGAGGUACAGAACUUCAGUGUUUGUGGGAUGCUUAUCAUCGUUUGCGUCAGCGCUGCCUUGAUACUGCUGGAUUGCUCGCUCGAGCGCAUUGUUGAUUUAGUCGUCGAUUUCUAUAAGCGUGAUUCAGUGGCCAGGCGAGCGAGACAGGCAGACAACAAGCUACACCUUUUACGUAUGGCGUUGGGGGGGGAUGAUUGGGUGCUCGGGCGAUGGAAUAUUCCUGUGCAGGAUAGUGCUGCGAUAUAUAACAGGCCUUGUGGCUCAAAGCAGCUUGUAUCCUAUGGAACCUCUGAGGCAGGACUUACUGGAGAGGAUACCGGAUGCGUGCAGGUAGGCAAGCAAGGCCACUUUAAAGGGGUAACAGAUGUCUUUAGAAGUCAUGAAGUAGAUAGCUCUGUAUAG